UGCGCAGUGUCCGCCAUUCAGGACCCACAAUCUGGAGGAAAGGGAGUCGCUGUACAUCUAUAGGAAACGGUUGCACGUUUCCUUCAUUCUUGAAUCCAAACUUUGCAAACACCCUAUUUUUAAACACUUUCUGGAUGUUUUUAAUUUUAAUUGGUAGACGUAAGAUUAAAAUAUUGUAUCGCAAUUUGAAGUAACCUUGCUAGAAGGUAGUCCGAAGCUACGCUUACGAGUGUGGUUAGCUUGCUAGGUACCUGGCUAGCUUUAGCUACACGAACUGAGCCUUGCUCGGGGGCAGAGUGCCUGCAGUGUCGUUUGAUGGAUCCACGAAUUGCUUGGUUUCAACCAGAACAACGUGGACCAGCUAACAGCCUGUGGAUGCGGAUUUGGGAAACCACUCAAGGACUGGGGAAUCUGUAUUUUAAUAACAACUGUAGUACUAGUACAUCAAGCUUCAGUCUGAAAUCUAACGUAAACGUUGCAUUAGAGAACGCAAUCUCUAGUAAGAACGGAGGUAUCUACAACCACGAGCCCAGGAUUCAGGGAAUGUCUAACUCAACUAAAGACAGAGAUGUAGUCGAACAGCGAGACUUUAUACCUUUGGAAGCUAAUAACAACCACAACCACCGUUCAUCGUUGGGGAGAGGCGGCGGGGGGUUUCAAGCGUGUACCCGGGUUUCUGGGAUCGCAGGGCACCCCAACAAGAGGAAGAGAGACAACAAGGCUAGUACUUAUGGAUUCAAUAGUAGUAGCCUCGAUGUCAGCGGCUGUGAUUACAAGGGAACACCAUGGAAAGUCAAGAACUAUGAAGGAAUUCUGGGGCUCCAUGAGGAGAUCAAUGACUUCUACAAGUAUAUGUCUCCUCGGGCAGAGGAGGAGAGAAUGAGGAUGGAGGUGGUCGACAGGAUCGAGAGGGUCAUCAAAGACCUGUGGCCCACCGCUGUUGUUGAAGUGUUUGGAAGCUUCAGCACAGGCCUCUAUCUGCCAACCAGUGACAUUGAUCUGGUGGUGUUUGGGAACUGGGAAAACCUGCCCCUUUGGACCCUGGAAGAAGCUUUGCGGCGGAAAAACGUGACUGACGAGAACUCCAUCAAAGUGCUGGACAAGGCCACAGUACCCAUUAUCAAACUGACAGACCACCGCACAGAAGUAAAGGUGGACAUCAGCUUCAAUGUAAAGAAUGGCGUCAAAGCUGCCCUUCUCAUCAAAGACUACAAAAAGAAAUACCCACUGCUUCCAAAGUUGGUUCUGGUGCUGAAACAGUUCCUGCUCCAGAGGGAUCUGAAUGAGGUGUUCACUGGAGGGAUUGGCUCCUAUAGCCUCUUCCUUAUGGCUGUGAGCUUCAUGCAGCUUCAUUACAGAGAAGAUGCAUGCAGCCCCAAUGCCAACUUGGGCGUUCUUCUCAUAGAAUUCUUUGAGCUCUACGGACGCAACUUCAACUACAUGAAGACAGGCAUUCGGAUCAAAGAUGGAGGGAGUUAUGUGGCCAAAGAAGAAUUUCAGAAGAGCAAUGACCUCUACAGGCCCUCCAUGCUCUUCAUCGAGGACCCGCUAGCACCAGAGAACGAUGUUGGCCGCAGCUCAUAUGGUGUAUUGCAGGUGAGGCAGGCCUUUGACUAUGCCUACGUAGUCCUCAACCACGCCGUUUCGCCCCUCGCCAAGUACUACCCCAACAACAAGGUGGAGAGUAUACUUGGAAGGAUAAUCCGGGUGACCCAGGAAGUGGCUGAAUACAGGGACUGGAUCACCAAGGUCUGGGGACCACAGUCUCAGAACGAACCUGCCCUCAAUGGACAUGAUGUAGCCCUGCUGGUGGAGCCUCAGUUGGAUGAGUGCAAUAAUAAUGUGACAGAGGACGUGACUGCACCUGCGUCCGUCAGCCAGAGCUGCUUCCACUCUUCCUCACCAUCCUCUCCCUCUUCUUCACCAGUGUCAUCACCAUCCUCAUCCACGGUAUCCAGUUCCAGCGAUGCUGAUUCUGAUGGGACGCCUUGUAAGACCGUGAAGCAGCAGCUUAGGCAAGGCUCCAGCAUCAACUCAGAAUCCUCAGCAUUCUUGAACAUUCAAAGAGUACAGAGCCACUCCACCAGCACUCCUUCUGGCAAAAACAAGGGGGGCAAGGCCAGGUCGUUUCGCCCUUCCAGUAAAAACACGCACCAAGGCCAGCAGAACUCCUCAUUCAGCAAGAGUCUUCAGGGCAGCAAGCCACACCACCAAGGCAAUGGCAAGAAGAGGAAACCUCAGCAACGCUCAGAGUCUCAGGACCUCUGCAGAUAGGGCCGUCUUGGCCUACUCUGCCACUGACUGACUGACUGUCAAACUUCCGCUGCCAGACACCACUUUGAUUGGGAAGUAGUAUUGAGGCUCUUUCUUAUCAAGUUCUCGAGGGACUUUUUUUCUUUUCAUUUUUUACAGUUGUAAAAGAACAUAAAAAAAAAGAGAUAAUAGGAAGUGCGGGGCCUUUGUUCCCUGGACUUAAACAGAAAAUCAUGAAGGAUAUGCUUGUUUGCCUACUUAAUAUAAAAAUGUUCUACAGUGGAGCUACACCCCACAUCCAGUACCUACAUGUCUUGCCUUUUACCAUAGCGCCAUCUGCUGUUAUGGAGUAACACCAGGGAAGUGUCUGGAAACUUGUGGAUUUUGAAGAGCAAUACCUGGAACUCUGCUGGCGAAUAAACUUCAGCAAGAAAAGUAUAUAAAAAAAGAGAACAAAAGACACAAAUUACAAAAAAAUGUUAUAUUGGAUAAUCUUACAUUCUGUAAGAGUGGAGACAAUAACUUCUGCAUGAGUUUUUUGUUAACGGGUGUUUUUUUGGUUUUGUUAUGUGUAAGCAGAUUAUAUAAAGAUUUGUACAUUAAAAGACAAAUGUGCAAAAAAAAAAAAAUCUGAUAACAGAAAAUUGUUUCUUAUGACUUUUUACAGGAUAAUACUCAAGCCAUGUAAAUCUGCACCUUUUCAAGCUAAUUGACUGCUAAUCGGAGUAGUGACAGGUUUGGGUUCCAAUAUAAACAAAUCAUCAGCAUCUAUUUCUAUUUGGUUGCUUUCUAUGAUUGGGUGACACAGGCUUUGUCCCAAGUGGCUCUCUAUCACUACACAGAAAAUUGGAUGUCAUUUUGGAAACACCACCAGUAUUAGAUGUGGACUUUAGGUAUAAUGCACACAGGCCUACAGAUCACUGCCUGGGGACAAGUCACUCACACGAUGUACACAGCUCUGUACCACAACAUCAACAUUUUAAGAGGCUCUCUUAUUCAUAGGUGGAAAUGCAGUUAUAGAGUACAUCAUGAUUUUAGGAAACUCCUACACUUGAAGCAUGUCAAAGAACCACAAGUUUGGGUGGUUGUCUUUACCCUUUGGUUAUUCAUUUAUUAAGUCAUUUGUAUUUGUUAAUGUAUUUUUUUAUUAAUAUAUAUAUAUAUAUAAUAUUAUAUGAUAUUAACACUAGAGCCCAUAUUAUUGUAACUAUAACUUGUCAGGUACAGUACCAAUGUCACUUUUUUUUUUUCUUUUUUUUUUUGCCUUUCCGUGAUAGUUGAGUGACCAAGUUCCUUAAAAAAAAUGAGACCAUUUUAUGAGUCAUAAAUGACAUUUUAUUUUAAUGUGA